CCCUAAAGUUCCAUCAUGAGCACAGAUGCAGAGAUGGAGGCCUAUGGCCCUGCAUCCAUUUACCUCCGAAAACCUGAGAAAGAGCGAUUAGAGGCUCAGAACACUCCUUUUGAUGCCAAAAGUGCCUACUUUGUAACUGAUGCUGAUGACAUGUACGUGAAGGGUAAACUCAUCAAAAGAGAGGGUGGCAAGGCAACUGUUGAGACACUUACAGGAAAGACAGUCACUGUAAAAGAGGAUGACAUCCACCCCAUGAAUCCUCCAAAGUUCGAUAAAAUUGAGGACAUGGCCAUGAUGACCCACCUCAAUGAGCCUGCCGUGCUGUUUAACCUCAAAGAGCGUUUUGCAUCAUGGAUGAUCUAUACUUACUCCGGCCUCUUCUGCGUCGUGGUGAAUCCCUACAAGUGGCUUCCUGUGUAUGACGCUCAGGUUGUCGUGGCAUACAGAGGCAAGAAGAGGAUUGAGGCUCCACCCCACAUCUUCUCCAUCUCUGAUAAUGCCUAUCAGUUCAUGCUCACUGAUCGUGAGAAUCAGUCUAUCCUCAUUACUGGAGAAUCUGGUGCAGGAAAGACUGUAAACACCAAGCGUGUUAUCCAGUAUUUUGCAACAAUUGCAGUAGCUGGAGCUAAGAAAGCUGAAACAUCCUCAGGAAAAAUACAGGGUUCACUGGAAGAUCAAAUCAUUGCAGCUAACCCUCUGCUGGAGGCAUAUGGAAAUGCCAAGACUGUGAGGAAUGACAACUCCUCUCGUUUUGGUAAAUUCAUCAGAAUUCACUUUGGCUCCACUGGAAAGCUAGCCUCAGCUGAUAUUGAAACAUAUCUGCUGGAGAAGUCCCGUGUCACCUUCCAGUUGUCUGCUGAGAGAAGCUACCAUAUCUUCUAUCAGCUGAUGACAGGCCAUAAGCCUGAGCUCCUGGAGGCUCUUCUAAUCUCCACUAACCCUUAUGACUAUCCAAUGAUCAGUCAGGGUGAAAUCACAGUCAAAAGUAUCAAUGAUGUGGAGGAGUUCAUUGCAACAGAUACUGCUAUUGACAUCUUGGGCUUCAGUGCUGAAGAGAAGGCGGGCAUCUACAAGCUGACUGGUGCUGUGAUGCAUCAUGGUAACAUGAAAUUCAAGCAGAAGCAGCGUGAAGAGCAGGCUGAACCUGAUGGCACUGAGGUGGCUGAUAAAAUCGCCUACCUCAUGGGUCUGAACUCAGCUGACAUGCUGAAGGCUCUGUGCUACCCAAGAGUUAAAGUUGGCAAUGAGAUGGUGACUAAAGGUCAGACCGUCCCACAGGUCAACAAUGCUGUCUCAGCUCUGUGCAAAUCCGUAUAUGAGAAAAUGUUCUUGUGGAUGGUUAUCCGUAUCAAUGAGAUGCUAGACACAAAGCAGCCCAGACAGUUCUUCAUUGGAGUGCUGGAUAUCGCUGGAUUUGAGAUCUUUGAUUUCAACAGCUUGGAGCAACUCUGCAUCAACUUCACCAAUGAGAAACUGCAACAGUUUUUCAACCACCACAUGUUUGUCCUGGAGCAAGAGGAGUACAAGAAAGAAGGCAUUCAAUGGGAGUUCAUUGACUUUGGUAUGGAUUUGGCUGCCUGCAUUGAGCUUAUUGAGAAGCCAAUGGGCAUCUUCUCCAUUCUUGAAGAGGAGUGCAUGUUCCCCAAGGCUACAGACACUUCUUUCAAAAACAAGCUGUAUGAUCAGCAUCUUGGCAAGAGCAAAGCAUUUGAGAAGCCAAAGCCUGCAAAGGGUAAAGCAGAAGCACACUUCUCCCUGGUUCACUAUGCUGGUACAGUGGACUACAAUAUCACUGGCUGGCUGGACAAGAACAAGGACCCACUGAAUGACUCAGUUGUGCAGCUCUACCAGAAGUCAUCAAACAAACUGCUGGGCUUCCUGUAUGCAGCCCAUGCUUCAGCUGAUGAUGCUGCUGGUGGCGGCAAGAAGGGUGGUGGAAAGAAGAAGGGUGGCUCUUUCCAGACCGUGUCUGCUCUUUUCAGGGAAAACCUGGGCAAACUGAUGACCAACUUAAGGAGCACUCAUCCUCACUUUGUUCGUUGCCUGAUUCCCAAUGAGUCAAAGACUCCAGGUCUUAUGGAAAAUCAUUUGGUCAUCCACCAGCUGAGGUGUAAUGGUGUCCUGGAGGGCAUCAGAAUCUGCAGAAAGGGUUUCCCCAGCAGAAUCCUCUAUGGUGACUUCAAGCAGAGAUACAAAGUGUUGAAUGCCAGCGUCAUCCCUGAGGGACAGUUCAUUGACAACAAGAAAGCUUCAGAGAAGCUGCUUGGCUCCAUUGAUGUGGAUCACACACAGUACAAGUUUGGGCACACGAAGGUGUUCUUCAAAGCUGGUCUGCUGGGCACUCUUGAGGAAAUGAGAGAUGAGAAACUGGCUGAGCUGGUGACCAUGACUCAGGCUCUCUGCAGAGGAUUCCUCAUGAGGAAAGAGUUUGUGAAAAUGAUGGAGAGAAGAGAUGCUAUCUUCAGCAUCCAGUACAACAUCCGUUCAUUCAUGAAUGUCAAGAACUGGCCAUGGAUGCAUCUGUACUUUAAGAUCAAGCCUCUUCUGAAGAGCGCUGAGACUGAGAAAGAGUUGCAGAACAUGAAGGAGAACUAUGAGAAGAUGCAGACAGACCUGGCUACUGCUCUGGCAAAGAAAAAAGAACUGGAAGAGAAGAUGGUCAGCCUGCUGCAGGAGAAGAAUGACCUGCAACUUCAAGUAGCAGCUAGGAAGCUGGAGGGAGAUCUGAAACUGGCCCAGGAAUCCAUAAUGGAUCUGGAGAAUGACAAGCAGCAGUCUGACGAGAAAAUCAAAAAGAAAGACUUUGAAAUCAGUCAGCUUCUUGGCAAGAUUGAGGAUGAGCAGUCUCUUGGUGCUCAGCUUCAGAAGAAGAUCAAAGAACUCCAGGCUCGUAUUGAAGAGCUGGAAGAGGAGAUUGAGGCUGAGAGGGCAGCUCGGGCUAAGGUAGAGAAACAGAGAGCCGACCUCUCCAGGGAGCUUGAAGAGAUCAGUGAGAGGCUCGAGGAAGCUGGAGGAGCAACAGCUGCUCAGAUUGAGAUGAACAAGAAGCGAGAGGCUGAGUUCCAGAAACUGCGUCGUGAUCUUGAAGAAGCAACUCUGCAGCAUGAAGCUACUGCAGCAGCUCUCCGUAAGAAGCAGGCUGACAGUGUUGCAGAGCUCGGAGAGCAAAUCGACAACCUCCAGCGUGUCAAACAGAAGCUGGAGAAAGAGAAGAGCGAGUACAAGAUGGAGAUUGAUGACCUCGCAAGCAAUAUGGAGACUGUUGCCAAAGCAAAGGGCAAUCUGGAGAAAAUGUGCCGAACUCUUGAAGACCAGUUAAGUGAGCUCAAGUCCAAAAAUGAUGAGAAUGUUCGCCAGCUUAAUGACAUAAGUGCACAGAGGGCAAGACUCCAAACUGAGAAUGGUGAAUUUUCUCGUCAGCUUGAGGAAAAGGAAGCUCUUAUUUCCCAGCUUACCAGAGGCAAACAGGCUUACACUCAACAGAUUGAAGAGCUUAAGCGACAUACUGAGGAGGAAGUGAAGGCCAAGAACGCCCUGGCUCAUGCUCUUCAGUCAGCCCGACAUGACUGUGAUCUGCUCAGAGAGCAGUUUGAGGAGGAGCAGGAGGCCAAGGCUGAGCUGCAGCGAGGAAUGUCCAAGGCCAACAGUGAGGUGGCUCAGUGGCGAUCCAAAUAUGAGACUGAUGCCAUCCAGCGCACUGAGGAGCUGGAGGAGGCCAAGAAAAAGCUUGCCCAGCGCCUGCAGGAGGCUGAGGAAUCCAUUGAGGCUGUGAACUCCAAGUGUGCCUCACUGGAGAAGACCAAGCAGAGGCUGCAGGGUGAGGUGGAGGACCUCAUGAUUGAUGUGGAGAGAGCUAAUGCUCUGGCUGCCAACCUUGACAAGAAGCAGAGGAACUUUGAUAAGGUCCUGGCAGAAUGGAAGCAGAAGUAUGAGGAGAGCCAGGCAGAGCUGGAAGGAGCCCAAAAGGAGGCUCGUUCUCUCAGCACUGAGUUGUUCAAGAUGAAGAACUCAUAUGAAGAGGCUCUGGAUCAACUGGAGACCAUGAAGAGAGAGAACAAGAACCUGCAGCAGGAGAUCUCAGAUCUGACUGAGCAGAUUGGUGAGACUGGAAAGAGCAUCCAUGAGCUGGAAAAGGCCAAGAAGACUGUAGAAAGUGAAAAGGCUGAAAUUCAGACUGCCCUUGAAGAAGCAGAGGGCACUCUGGAACACGAAGAAUCCAAGAUUCUUCGUAUUCAGCUUGAGCUCAACCAAGUCAAAAGUGAGAUUGACAGGAAGCUGGCAGAGAAGGACGAGGAGAUGGAGCAGAUCAAGAGGAACAGCCAGAGGGUGAUUGACUCCAUGCAGAGCACCCUUGAUGCUGAGGUCAGGAGCAGGAAUGAUGCCCUGAGAGUCAAGAAGAAGAUGGAGGGAGACCUGAAUGAGAUGGAGAUUCAGCUGAGCCAUGCCAACAGACAGGCUGCUGAGGCCCAGAAACAACUGAGGAAUGUCCAAGGACAGCUCAAGGAUGCCCAGCUGCACCUUGAUGAAGCUCUCAGAGGACAGGAAGACAUGAAGGAGCAGGUCGCCAUGGUGGAGCGCAGAAAUGGUCUGAUGAUAGCCGAGAUUGAGGAGCUGAGAGCCGCUCUGGAGCAGACAGAGAGAGGACGCAAAGUAGCUGAGCAGGAGUUGGUUGAUGCUAGCGAGCGUGUCGGACUGCUUCACUCUCAGAACACCAGUCUUCUGAACACGAAAAAGAAGCUCGAAGCCGAUUUUGUGCAGAUCCAGAGUGAGGUGGAUGAUGCUGUGCAGGAAGCAAGAAAUGCUGAGGAGAAAGCAAAAAAAGCCAUCACUGACGCUGCCAUGAUGGCUGAGGAGCUGAAGAAGGAGCAGGACACCAGUGCUCACCUGGAAAGGAUGAAGAAGAACCUGGAGGUCACAGUCAAGGACCUGCAGCACCGUCUGGAUGAGGCAGAGAACCUCGCCAUGAAGGGUGGCAAGAAGCAGCUCCAGAAACUGGAGUCCAGGGUCCGUGAACUGGAAGCUGAACUUGAAGCUGAGCAGAGACGUGGUGUUGAUGCUGUUAAAGGAGUCCGCAAAUAUGAGAGGAGAGUGAAGGAGCUCACUUAUCAGACUGAGGAAGACAAGAAGAAUGUGACCAGACUUCAGGAUCUGGUGGACAAGCUGCAGCUCAAAGUCAAGGCUUACAAGAGACAGUCUGAGGAGGCUGAGGAGCAGGCAAACACUCACAUGUCCAGGCUCAGGAAGGUCCAGCAUGAGCUGGAGGAAGCUCAGGAGCGUGCUGACAUUGCUGAGUCCCAGGUCAACAAGUUGAGAGCCAAGAGCCGUGAUGUCGGAAAGGGAAGUGACUCGGCUGAAUAGGAAAUGCAAUCCAGUUGCAUCAUUUAAGAGUUCAUACAAUAUGAACAACUUUCUCUGUAAAUCCUCAAUAAAUGGUGAAAAUUUC